AUGGAUGGGAAGUCAAAGCCGAAGUUCCAUGUAGAAGAAGAAGACGGCUUGGCGGGGGUGUCCAUAUUUUCUUUGGUAAACACAAAAAUUGUUCAUCAUCAGGUGAAAUCUACUGAACAAGAUUUAAACCUUAAUUUCACUCUGCUAUGCCAUUUUUGCCAUAUUUCUGAUCAAAUUGGGUUUCUGGCACCAGGGAUUCUAAUUUGCCAUAGUUACGAAGCAACUUCUCAUGGGAGAAUCCAAGUUGUAGAAUGGCAGGAACAUGAAAUAAAGGACCCAACAGACGAAGCCUUAUGGAAGUCCAUCACUAGAGGACCUAUGAAGCUUUUUAUUCUGAUCCAAGAACUAAAGUUCGAGAGUACUCAAAUAAAUAAGAAGAAGGGUUUUCUUUUUAUUCAGAAAUUUUUCUUCCUUGAUAGUUUCGGGGGAUAAGAAGAAAGCCAAUUAACCAAUAAAUGUGAGUGGUUAGAGGAAAAGGAAUGGUUAAACUGCAAAGAAUGGUAACAAAAUUUAGUUAUAUAUUAAUUGUUCUAAUUGGUAGGGAGUUUUUUUGUUUUUGAUCAAAUGUUUUUAAUGUUCUCUCAAUGAAGUUUUUUGUAAUUGAUCGAUUGGGUGC